UAGCUAAGCCGCAGAAAAAUCUCCAAGUCGGCAGCAUCGUUUAGCACUAUUCUUUGCAACACGCGGAUGGCUAAACAUAAAUAAAUAACAAUGGAUGUAAUUAAGAAACCCAAAAAAUCAAAAAAAUCCAAGGCACCCAAAGAUUCCAGUCAAACACUAAAACUGGCCGCACUGCAAAAGAAACAAAAGGAAGUCGCACGAGUUUUGAAUUUAAAAAAUGAAAUUAUCAUGAAAGGUUUAUCCUAUUUGGAAUAUAUGGACUUAAGGGCUGAGAUCGAACGACUAAAUGGUCUCAAAGAGCACUUUACGAGACGUGUAGAGAAAUUAAAACAACAAGCUAAAUAAAUUGCAUCAAUUUUAUUAUAGAACCUUA